GAUCAUGGAGAGCAUGAAGGGCAUGCAACUCGUCAUCCAGGCCGAAACUCAGAACAUCACAACUCUGGUGCACUGGAACGGCGCCGGCCACACGAGCUCAACUCGGAUGAUUCUGAGACUGAGACCGAUGAUGUCCAACAGGAUGAUGACGCUGAUGCUUUCCGCAGGACAAAGAUGGCCAAGGCCAUGAUGAAGUUGAACAUGACGAGCGACAUUCGAAAGGCAGCUCAAGAUGUGCGAGAGGAAGCACGAAAGGCGGCGCUGGAGAUCAGCCAGCAGCCAAUCGAGACGCCGAAGCUCUCUGUGGCAGAGUAUGCAAUCAACCUUGCGAAAGCUGCUGACGUGCCACUCGAAGAGGCGGAGAGGCUGGUUGAGAUGAUGAGGCUGUUGAGCAUGUUGAGCGAACGAUUUCUGCCGUUUGUUUAUCAGACGCUUCUGGACAUGCUGUCUUUGCCACUUGGUGACCAACAGCUGGCGCUCAAGAUGCUCUCUUUGGGUCAUGUGGAUGCUGCUUCACCCAUGCGCCUUCUGGAAGCGAUCGUGCCAAGAGCCUCGGGAUUGCCAGCCUUUUAG